AUGUUUGAACCGGGGAAUAGCAAUAGCGAUAUUUUGUUCAAGAAAUCGCUCAGAUCAGGAAACAAAUCAGCUAAACUUACAAAGAAGAAUUCUUAAUAUCAUGAUAGUGAUAUGAUUACUAAAUAAAUGUCUUAGAUAGUAUUUGAAAUGUAAAAUAAGAAUAAUUCAUUUGAUCUUGCAAUACAACUACUCACAGAAGAAUCAAGUAUUUUAAGAUAACAUUUGUCAUUCUAAGUGUUUAUUCCUGAAAUAAAAACACAAUUAGGUGAGAAACUAUUAAAAGAUAAUAACUUAUGGAUCAUUAUUUUAGUUGUGUUUCACUCUUUAUGUAAAGAAAAAUCUAAAUACUAUGAUUUCGUAUAAAGAAACAUCCUAAAUACAAUGUAAAAAAACUAUCAAGAUGAUUACAUAGUGAAAUCUAUUCAAUAAUAGGCAAAUUAGAUUAUUUCAAAAUCUGAACAAGAAUAAUAACAAUUAAUAAAUUAAUCUGCAUCUAAAUGUUCCAGAAAAUAACUUAGAGUUUAAUUUUAAGAAGAUAAAGAGAAUUAAUAGAGUAAUAGUAACAAAAAAAAAUUCUAAGUUUUGAAUUUAAUUGAGCCUAGUAAAGAAUAAGAAAAUACAUUAUCUAAUGAUAAAUUGAAAAAAAAAAUUGACGAUUUGACAAAGUCCUUUUAAUAAUUAAAUAAUGAUUCUUUUGAAAAUUAAGAAAUGGUUGUGCCUUAAGUUGAACAAAUUAUUAAUGAAUAAGUUAAAGAAUUAGAAGAAGAACUAAAAAAUUAACAUGAUUAAUCAAAUAAAAAGCAAAGAUUAUCGCUAACUGAAAAACUCUUCUCUCGUUUAGGUUUUAAAGCCUGGAGAAGUGAAUAAAAAUAAAUAAAACCAAAUCCAAUAUAAACAAAAAUGAGAGGUAUUAGAUUAUUAGAUGGAUUGGAUUCAAGAGAGCUCCAAACAAGUUAUGUGGCAAAAGUGGAGAAGAUUUUAGUCCCGAAUCUAAAUGAUAACGGAUUGCAUUCAAUAGUCUAAGUAAUUUUUAUUAUUUUAUAUAUUAAGUUAUCUGCAAAUAACUCAUAAGAAUUAUUAGAAUGGGGACUUUAUGCUAUCAUAUAAUUAAGCGAUUAAGACUGCACUAGCAAACAAUAUUUUGAAGAUAUGCAAUAUUAUAAAUAAUUGGUUGCUUUUAAAUUUAGAUAGGAAAAACAAAUAUAUAUUCCUUUUGGUAAAUAUGAAUUAAUAAUGUGA